AGUGCGAUUUGUGCGCAUUUUAAUAUUUUAACUUUAGCAUUUCAUUUGUUUAUAUUUAACUAGUUAAGUUUAAUGCACGGAAUAAAAUGGCUUCAUUAAGUGAAUAUGAAAGUUUGGACGAAGAAGUAAAAGAACUUCUUGAAAAUUAUAAAUUUAAGAAAGCGACUUUAUAUGAGCCAUGUACACUUAAAAAUUUCAUAGAAUGUUUAAUAGGAAUAUAUGAGGAAUUUGGACUUCUAAACAUCAACUACACAUUCAAUCCGCAAUUAGAUAUUGAAAACGAUACCUUAACCACAGAAGCUUUGGUUAAACUUAUAAAUUCUGUUUGGAUUUUAUUACAAAGUUAUAAAAACGCGACAGAAAAGGCUGAAAGGCUGGAGGAACGUAAUCAUAUUCUGGAAAGUAAUAAUAGUCAACUUAAUGGUUUAGUGACUAGAUUGAAAGAGAAGAUAAAACUAGAGAAGAAUGAAUCGAAAGCAUGUGUUGCAUCUGCACAAACGGUAACUGACCACUCUAGUGAAAUAUAUAAAAAGUACUUAGACACAAAUGCAAAACUUUUACAACUCACCAAACAAAAGGAGACAACCGAAAGGGCUUUACAAACUAAAAUAUCAAAAUUACAAUUGGAAAAUAAUAAGCUUACAGACAAGUUAAGAAAUAAGUCAGAAUCCUACACCCCAUGUUCGGAAGUUUGUGAUACCACAAUUAUACAAAUAAAGGAGCGAGAAAGAAACCAAAGAAAAGUUAUAGCUAAACUUCAGGCAAAUAAUCAAGAUUUAUUGCGAGAAGUGCUUUCUUUAAAAGAAGAAUUAUUACUUGAAGGACUUCAUGGUCCUGGAAGGGCAUAACUAAGAAACAAAUUCUUAAUUCCUGAACAAUCAUAACAAUGUGAUUAAUUGUUAAUGCUACUUGAUUAUUUUGUUAAACUUAUCAUAACUACAUAAGAAGAUAAUUUGCAAGUGAAUAAUUUUUAUUGAUUGUGAUUAAUUAUAUAUACAUUAUCAGUAUUAUUAACACUAUUAGUUGAAAAACUGUACCUGUUUACUAAAAUAAGCACAUGAUUGUGAUACUAUGAAUAAAUA